CUAUGGUGCUUCCAUUAUAUAUACAAAGAAAUAUAUAGAGAUACACAAACCAAUCAUUCACUUCUUUAAAACCAAAUCUUAAAAAUUCUCAUCUCAAAGCUUCAACAAUGGAAGUCACAAAAGUUCUUUAUAUGAAUGAAGGAGAAGGAGAAAACAGCUACUACAGAAACUCAGUUUAUCAGACAAAUGUGAUUGCGAAAGCCAGGCCAAUAUUAGAAGAGAGCAUACAAGAAUUAUGCCGGAAAAACAUGCCGGAUUGUCUGAAAAUAGCUGAAAUGGGCUGUUCUACGGGACCGAACACAUUAAUGCCGCUGUGGGAAAUUGUUGAAACGAUUGAAGCGAGUUGUACCGAGUUGAAAAAGAAAACACCAACAUUGCAGGUUUUUCUGAAUGAUCUUUCGGGGACGGAUUUUAAUACAAUUUUUAAGACGAUCGUGCCCGAAUUUCAUGAGAAGUUGGAGAAGGAGAUGGGUGAUAAGUUUGAGCAUGUGUUCAUAGCUGCAAUGCCUGGAAGCUUUUAUGGAAGGCUUUUUCCUAAUAAUUCUCUGCAUUUUGGUCACUCUUGUUCUAGUCUCCACUGGAUCUCUCAGGUACCUGAAGGGCUUGUAAGUGAAUCAGGGACUCAAUUGAACAAAGGAAACAUAUGUUUGAAUGAUACAAGUCCCCCAAGUGUGAGGAAAGCAUAUCUGAAUCAAUUCGAAAAUGAUUUUACGACAUUUUUGAAGUGCCGCUCGCAUGAAAUGGUCGAUGGAGGUCGUUUGGUGUUCAUAAUUUUUGCUCAGAGUAGUACUAAUCCUCACUGCAAAUAUAGUAAUGAGCUUUGGCAGGAGCUUGGAUUUGCUCUGAAACAGAUGGUUGAUGAGGGUAAAAUUGAAGAAUCGAAAUACGAGUCAUGGAAUGUUCCACUAUAUCACCCGACUGCCGAAGAAGUAAAGUACUCGAUCGAAAAAGAAGGUUCAUUUAGAGUCAACCGACUCGAACAGUUCGAGCUUGAUUGGAAUUCAAUUGUUGACUGUGGUGACAAAGUUGAUGUGUUUGAUAAAUUUGAAAGAGGAAAAUGUGUAGCAACUUUUGUAAGAGCAGCAGCAGAGUCCAUGCUCAUUAGCCAUUUUGGAGACUCCUUCAUUGAAGAUUUGUUCCACAGGCUAGCCCUAAGGAUGGUUGAUCGCAUGGAAAAAGGCACCGGUUGGCUCAACAAUUUGGUUGUUUCCAUUACCAAAGUGUAACCACGUCUUCAUUGUCUUGGUUCGAGCCACUUUUAGUAAUAAUGCUUAGCAAAUGUAUGGACUUCUUGUCGGAACGAGUAAUGUUCUAGAAACUGUAAUGUUUGGGUUUAAGUAAUCAGUCGUUUGCUUAAGCGGUUUGUGGUAAUAAUUUAUGGAGAAGUUAUGAUAUUUCCGAUGUUGCUUA